AAAGUAUUAGCUGUAUGCGAUACAGCCGGUGAAGAUGAUUAUAAUACCCUAAGACCGUUAAGCUAUCCGGAUGCGGAUGUCUUUAUCGUAUGCUAUUCAGUGGAAAGGCCACAAUCAUUAAAAAGUGUUCAGGAAAAAUGGAUACCUGAGAUUCGGCGCUUUUGUCCGGAUGUUCCAAUUUUAGUUGUUGGAAAUAAAAAAGAUAUUCGAAAUGAGAAAGAACGAGAAUGUCGAAAAGAAUGUGAUGAAAAUUCUGAACAACAUAAACAUUUAGUUAAUUUUGAUGAUGCAGCAGCAUGCGCUAAAGAAUUUUCCGCUCAUCAAGUAAUCGAAUGUUCGGCAAAAACAAACGAGGGUAUUCGGCAAGUAUUUGAUGCAGCAAUUCGAGUUGCUUUAGCACAUCGAGCAGGAAAUACUAGUCGAGUACUAAAUUCAAUUAUGAAAUUAAAACUUGUUUUUUGA